AUGGCGAGUGUGCAGAUGGAGAAAGAAGGCCUUAUUAAAAGCCUUGCAUUCCUGAAAGAGCAAGGGAUAAAGGUGAAAUCCUUCACCACUGACCGCCACCCCGCCAUCAGGAAGCACAUGCAGGUUCAUGAGCCAGACAUCACACACAACUUUGAUAUCUGGCACAUCUCAAAAAGUGUGAAAAAGAAGCUGACCAGUGUUAGCAAAAGUGCCUCCUGCCGAAGCCUCCAAGGGUGGAUCCAGGGCACAUCCAACCAUUUGUAUUGGUGUGCCAGAGCAGGUGGUGGUAAUGGCCAGAUGGCAGUUGACGCCUGGCUCAGUAUUCAGAACCAUGUCAUCAAUGUGCACGAUGGACAUUCCGGCACAUACCGACGUUGCCUACAUGAACCCAUCACCAAUGGAGACUGGCUCGACCCUGAUUCACAAGCAUAUGUGAAGUUCAGGGAUAUCACAGGAGACAAACGGCUUCUGAAGGAUGUGGCACAGAUGUCACCGAAUACCCAGACAUAUGCACUUGAGUCCUUCCACAGUCUGCUGAUUCGCUUCGCACCGAAGUCAGUUGCAUUUUCCCCCGAGGGGAUGCUUGCCAGGACAAGGUUGGCGGUUCUGCACUUCAAUGAAAAUUCAGACCGCUGCCAAGCAGAAACCCUUGAUGGAAAGCAGCGAUGGAAAGUCAAGUGCUGCAAAGCGAAGGGAGGACAGCAAGUUGCAUGUCCUAUAAAGACCCCACCAACUUUCCGUUACGUCACAAAGCUAAUGGCCCAAGCUGAAGUGGAGUCUAGGACAUGGACAUCCUUCACUUCUGCCAAGAAGAAUAAGAUCCCAAGGUCAUUCCCAGCACCGAUGAGCCAUGCAGGGGCAAGACUGUCGAAAGAAGUAGUUGUAGCUUCUCGUGUUUCCCGAUUGUCUAGGUGA